GCCACAGAGUUGACGCCGUCUUUUGACCCGGAAGCCGUACACAAGUGAAGAAAACAUUUGCGUGUUUUAUAAACGUGACUGUUGAGGUCGUUUCGUUGACAAUUUAGACCUUAUAAUAAAAUUAUUGAGAUCGAUUUGUGAUGGCGAGUGAGUUCAACAGAGAGCCUGUUGGGCUGGAUGGAUUACCCGAGCUGUACAGCAUUCUACGAGGAGAGGUGGUUUCUGUUACAGAAUAUGGUGCUUUUGUUAAGAUUCCAGGAUACAGAAAACAUGGUCUAGUUCAUAAGAAUGACAUGUCCGCCUCUCGGGUUGACAAUCCUGGUGAAAUUGUUGAUUUAGGUGAGCAGGUGUGGAUUAAAGUCAUAGGCAGAGAGAUUACCGAUGAUAAAAUCAAGCUCGCUUUUUCUAUGAAAGCUGUUAAUCAAGGAACAGGGCGUGACCUGGAUCCCAACAACGUGAUGGCUGAGCAGGAUUCACGGAGGCGAAGGCAGUUCCGGGAUCACACAAGACAGAAAAUCACUCUUGAGGCUGUGCUCAAUACUACUUGUAAGAAGUGUGGAUGCAAAGGUCACUUUGCCAAGGAUUGUUUCUCACAGCCAGGGGAGAAACAAUAUAGUUUGGUGCCAGAAGAAGAAGAAGAAGAGGAAGAACCAGCGAGCCACACUGUCCAAUCAGAGCCUCAAAAAAAGAAGAAGGAAAAGAAAGUCAAGAAAGAGAAGAAAAAGAAAAAGAGAAAGAGAGAGCGCUCAUCUUCAGACAGCAGUGAUGACUGCAAAAGAGCAAGACACUCCAAUACUCAUUCAGAAAAGAAGAAAAAGCACAAGAAACACAAAUGAGAUCUGAAUAUCGGGUCAUGGAGUCCAUGUGUGUAUACAUACAGGAUUUUCAGUCUCAUACAAGCACAGGCCUGCACUGAUCUUAGAUAGAAGAAGGUUUCCUACUUGUGUCUGAUGUCUGAUCUUUUUAUUUGAUUUUUUUUUUUCCAAAAAUCAAAAAAUUGUUGCAAAGGAGAAAAACCAUUGAUGGGGAAAUAAAAGUGCUUAAAUACAAAUGCGACCUACAGAAAUUCAGAAAAAAGUCAGUAUUUUUUAGCAUAAAAAAAAAAGUUGGAGAAAUUACAUGGUGAAAGUUUAUUAUGGAGGUGAAAGGUCAAGUUUGAUCAUUCCUACACAAUCUCCACCCACUGAACUGGCAGGAGCCUUUUAAAUAGAAUCCCACCUUACCUGUAUAUGGAGAACACACAAAAAAAUAGGAUAUACAGACACAGUCCAAGCAAACAUCAGUCACAUAUCUUGGAUCUGCUGCUAAAAAUAUAAGCAGGUACUGUAUAGAUUUGUUCUGGGAUGAAUGGCAGUGAUGCAGAGCCUGUGUAUUUGCCACAUUAAUUCGAGGAAUCUAAUGAAGAGACAUUGUACUCACAAUAGAUAAAGAACACAGUAACCAUGAUUUUGGGGAUGUAAGCUCAGGUUUUAUUCGUUUUGUUUUUUGAGACAUGAACUACUGAGACAAUUGAAAGGAACUUUACUUUACUUUCUUGAAGGAUUUUGUUGAGACUACAUAACCAAAAGUUAUUGUCUGUCAAAGAGAGUAAAUAAUAAAUGAUAAUUUUAAUCACCAAACCACAAA